ACCAUAUAUUUAAAACGUAAGGUAAACAGAAUAUCUGAGGUUCCAAAGUGUGGUCGGUUUUCAUCCGCCUCCACUGAGGAUGUCUUGCAGAAGUGCGGUGGUGCGGGGGGGCACCUCGGGUGUACAGCCUCUCAAAGCCACAGUGCCAUUCCAGCUACACAACAAAGCCCAGACGCGCCUCAGAGAUGCCAAGACAGCUGAGAAGACCAAAUCGCGCCCGCCAAAGCCGAGCAUACGCCGCACUUUGUCUCUGGACAACAUGGUGGGGCCCUACCUGCAGGGCCAGUGGCCCAAGGAGCCAGAUCAGGGGAUCUCCUGUGUGAACGACAAGGCCACUCAGACACCCAGCACCUGGUCGGAGGAGUCCCGGGGCAGGAGAGGAGGCGUGGGACACAAGCGCUCAGCGUCCUGGGGCAGUGCUGAGCACCUGAAGGAGAUUGCCAAACUCAAACACCACCUACAGAAGCGCUCCAAGCAUACGGUACAGGGAGGCUAUGAGAGAGACCACCACCAGAACCCUCUACCCGGGGGAUACGUCCCAGGAUCCACACAGACGAUGCCCCUCACGCCCCUGUGCAGACUGACGCCCCGCCUACGGCACAGUGUGGAGGGGCUCAGCCUGGAGCUGGAGAGGGUCUUUGUUCAGGAGACACCUGAAGAACAGCACAAGAUUCUGGACAUCCCUGAUGGCCACAGAGCCCCUGUGCCACCCCAGAGAUGCAGCAGUGAUUCCCAGAGUGACCCCUCACCUGCUCCCCUUGACCCCACACUGCUCUCCCCUUCCCCCUCUCCCUGUUCCAUGGGAGAAACAGAUUUUGGGACCCUGUGCCCAUCCCCCUCUCCCCCUCUGGGCAGCGCAGAGCCCUCUCCACUUCUGCUGUCCUCCUCCCCUCGACCCAACAAGACCUACACCUUCCAGAGGGAGCCGCCAGAAGGCUGUGAGAGAGUGCGCGUCUGUGAGGAAGCGCUCUCUCCCUGUAAGGGCCAGCCCAUCUUGCACCCCUCCUGCCCGGAUCCCAACAAGGUGAACUUCACUCCCCACGGCGGCUCGGCCUUCUGCCCCGUCAGCCUGCUGAAGCCCCUGCUGCCCUCCAUGGACAUCCUGUUCCGCAGUCUGUCCGUCUCCCCCGUCACGGGCCGCUCGGCGCCGGGCGGAGCCCCCUGCCAGGCAGCCGCUUCGGGGGUGGGCGGGUACCUGGGACCCCUCCCGGACUCGGCCACCACUGCCAUGUGA